UCUCGAUUUACUUUUAGGAAAAAUUGCACGCUUACUGUUGCUUUGUGAAACAUCCGCCACCAGAGACUUGAAAGGGACUUAGCAACUAAAUGCAACUACUGGAGAAGCUAUAAAGAAAUGGGAAGCGAAGGACACGGAUAACAAAGCGGAUGUGUCUAAAGAAGUUCUAAUGUAUGGUCAAAUCCCUCCUAUAGAGAAAAUGGAAACUUCUCUCUCUGUGCUGACCUGCUGCGAGAAGCUGUCCUUGUCUUCCAACUGCAUUGAGAAUAUAACCAAUCUGGACAGCUUCAAAAACCUGAAGAUACUUUCAUUAGGCAGAAAUAAUAUCAAGUCUCUUGUAGGGGUGGAGGCAGUCCGAGACACUUUGGAGGAGUUGUGGAUUUCAUAUAAUUUAAUAGAAAAACUGACAGGUGUCAACACCUUGCAGAAACUUAAAGUCCUCUCUAUUCGCCACAACCUUGUCAAAGAUUGGGCCGAGUUUGGGAGGCUCGCUGACCUGCCCGUCUUGGAGAACCUGGUUUUUAAAGGAAAUCCACUGGAGGAAAAGUAUUCCAUCGAGGGAAAUUGGAUUGAAGAAGCCUCUAAAAGACUUCCUAAACUACAGAAACUGGAUGGUACUCUCCUCGUUGAGUUUCAGAGGAGGAAUGAGGCGUAAAGAAUUAAUGAAGAGACGUCCAAAAUAAAAUGUGAAAAAAAUUGUUUCCAAAAAGUACCUACAGUCAAAAGAAGGGGGGAUUAUUAAUUGAGAAUUAAGUUCUAAGAUGUAAGAUAUUUCUCUUUUUAAAACAACCAUCUCUUCUUAUUAGAGGAACAAACAAAACUAGGUCACUUCUGGGGACACAUUUAGAGCUGGAAAUAGCAGUAAGGACAUGACCAAAUUAAUAAACAGCCUCGUUUUGCUGUGUGAAACCUUUCUUUUUGUUUUUUUAGAUGGAAUAUUUUUAUUUUCAUGUAGAAGUUUCCUUGUAAUGGUUACAGAUGAGUUAAUGAAUAUAACAUAUAUUUUAACACUGAUCGUAGGGUAGGGUACAUGUUUAACAUUUUAAAAAGUCUGGCAUUUUAAGCCAUAUCUUGUUGAUACAACACACUGUCAUCUUAAAUAAAGCUAUACUGUUUGCUGUACUAAACUAAGCUUU